ACAAGCAGCCGGUGCAUUUGCUCAGAUUCCUUCGCUUGAUGGUGACAGUGACCCGGACAAAUCCAAUUAACAAUUACAUAUGCCGAGCCUCUUAUCAGCUUAUCAAGCUGAUUACAGUGGGAACCGUCACUGCAGCCGCGUGGAACGGUGGGAUAAGGUACAACCGACUCUUCGACGAAUCGACGAGUGUCCUUGCAAGCGUAGUCUCAACAGUGGGCCCUCACGUUUGUCUAUCCUGCGGGGCCUUGUUCUCGGUGUCUUCGAUUUUUGGAGUCAAGGUGGGUUUAUCGAAUUGUCCUGGAACCGGGAUGCCUCACUUGCCACCAACCUUCCUCCUAGGCCCAUAUCGAGCAUGCAUGCUUUUCGGUCUUCGAAUCUUGGAUUUCGUGGGCUUCGGCUGAGCGCUUCAGUGACGAGUCCAAGAGACCCAACGGUUUCGUGGGCAACCUUGUCCAGCCUUGGCAGCAUUGGACCUGUUCAUUCGACCGAUCUUGUAGCCACGGUUGGCACCGUCAGCUCGGGGAAUACUACUAACACAUACAUACAUAGAGGGCAGAUGAUAUCACCCUUUGCGGAGUUCCAAGCGAUCGACCUUUGUGCGACCGGAGAGAAGCUGUCUGAUACGCGACCAGACAAGCCACUGCCAUGACUGCUGACGAUCACAAGAACGAGGACCAAGACACUGAUGCAACCGGGGAAGAUUCAGACUCAAUACCGGAUCGUACGGUGUUCGGGUAAGAUAGGAACCAGCAGCUCAGCUCCGCCCAAAAACCAAUCUCCGGGUAGCCUAGUCUGCUUUUCGAUCUCGAAGCCGUUUCGAC